CGCCACUAAUAUUCCAAUCUCGCUGAAUUCUCCACCCGGAGCAACGCAUCGGUGGAUUAUCUCCGAUGAUGAGAGUCACUGUGAUGAGCCGCCUGAAAAUGUGCAUGGGAAGGUUGCUUUAGCGUUUCUCCUCCACCGUAGGUUUAAAUUCACCAACGGCCCUUCUCUCUCGUUCGUGGCGAGCAAGGGCUCUCUCCUCCCCAAUCUGUCUGUUUCCUCUCUCUCACAUAAUCAGAGAUUCACAAUUGCGCCCAUGGCAGCCACCGUCCCCAGCCAUGUCCCUGCCUACACCCUCGGAACUCUUAGCGUGGCUCUGGGCCUGAACGCCAUCUUUCGCCCUGCGGCAGAGUAUCCGCGUUUUGGAUUGCCGUUGGAACACGGCGGCGGUCAGACUCCACCGCACCGGGGCUCCGUCGUCUCCCCGCUCAUGUAUCUGAAAGGCAUCCGGGAGAUCAGCUAUGGCCUGUUGCUUAUCGGGUUACAAUCCCAGGGCCAAGAGACGGCCGUCACGACGUUGGCGGCGGUUAUGGCCUGUGUAGGGCUGGCGGACGGCGUCGUGGUGUGGUGUUGUGGAGGUGCGGAACGGAGACAGAAAGCUUGGGGUCAUUGGGCUACGUUCUUAGGGCUGGGAGCGUGGGCUUGGUACCGGGUUUCUUGUUGACGGAGCUGGUUGAGGCUCAGGUGAAAAGCACUUCGAUGGCCUCGUGUGGCAAAGGCGCAUUGGCGACUGCUGCACUGACGGCGGGAGAAAU